ACAGAAAUCAUCUGUACGUAAAGCAAGCCAAACGCGUCAAUGAACCAACUGAACUGGGAAUAGGACAAACAGCAGCAACCAAAGAAAAAUCAACCAAUAACUGUGAUAUAUAUACCCAAAAAACAAAACCAAAAAAUACUCCGGAAACCAAAAUGUCUGCAGCCAAUAAAGUGAAUCAUUUGAUUAGCUCAACAUCCCGCUAUAUCGCUGGCAGGAAUGCCGUCCAGACCGUCUACUGGCGCACCUCAGCUGGCCCCAAUCCCCGCAUGAUGAAGACCAACAAAUUCUGCGAAUUUGAUCGCAAUCAGAAGACACCACAAAAUGUCAGAAUGCAGAACUAUAAUCGGAGUUUCAUUGGCAAGGAGUAGAAAGGAUAUUCGAUUAAUAGCAUAAGUUACAGUCUAUAUGGUGCUAUAUAUAUAUAUAUAUUUGUAUCCCUUAAAUAGUUCCUAUUCUUAAUGUUUGGUUUCUAGUUAAUUUCUUUUUUUUUUUGCGUUCCUUUUUUUAUUUUUUUUUUUGAGUAUCUAUUUAUUGUAUAUUAGUAUUUCAUACACACACACACGCACAAGCUGUGUGUGGAAAACGAAGAAAGAAAACCGAAUGACAAACACUUAAAAAUCGAUGUAAAGUAAAGUAGAGCGGCGCGUGGCUCUUUAUGUACCUUGAUGAUCAAAUGCGAAGAAAAGAACAAAAUAAAACGAAAAAAAAUGCAA